GUCCGGCUGGUCAGUUUGUGUCGUGUGAGUUACCGUAGAGUUAGGUCUCUAUUAUCAACAAUCCAGGUGUAAAGAUGGUUGAGAAUUUUGUGGGAUCUUGGAAGAUGAUUACCAGCGAGAACUUUGACGAAUAUAUGAAGGCUCUGGGUGUGGGUUUUGCCACCCGUCAAGUAGGGAACAGGACCAAGCCCAACCUUAUAGUUGGAGUGGACGGUGAUGGAUGGAUAUGCAUGAAGACACAGAGCGCAUUCAAAAAUACCGAGAUAAAGUUCAGACUAAAUGAGGCAUUUGAGGAGACCACUGCUGACGACAGAAAGACAACGACUAUUGUAACCCUUGAGAAUGGCAAACUUGUGCAAAAACAGUCCUGGGACGGCAAAGAGACAGCAAUAGAGAGGGAAAUGAUUGACGGAAAAUUAAUAGCGACAUGCAAGAUGGGAAACGUGGUGGCAGUGAGAACUUAUGAGAGAGAGAAAACACGUUAACGCCUGAUUUGAUUUGAGGAUGCCUGGCUCAGUUUAAUGAGCAGUAAGACCACAGGGUCCUUUUAUCUCUCUUGUUUCUUUGUUUUUUUUUUCAUCUUUGACAACAAAGCCAAUGCAUGCAGUGCAUUUUUAAGACACAUUUAGCAUUAAAUCUGAUGUCUUAAAUAAAAGUUUUAUUUUACUGGU